AUGAUAGGUGUUUUGAUAGGUAUUUUCCAAUACGAGUCUAAAAAAACUGUGACAAUUUUCAAGAGAAACGAGGACAACCGAUCUCUCGCAGUCCGCACCACGUCCGGCGGCGAGAUGUCGGUGAUGCAGAAGCGGCAGCACUGCUACCUGUGCGACUUGCCCCGCAUGCCAUGGGCGAUGUUGCACGAAUUUUCAGAAGCCGUUUGCCGAGGUUGCGUCAACUAUGAAGGUGCGGAUCGCAUCGAAGUAGUACUAGAUACUGCUAGACAAUUGAAACGUGCCCACGGUUUCCAAGAAGGCCGUGGGCCCUCGCAUGCAAAGGGAGCGCAUCGUGCUCCUUUAGAAGCUCAUCAAAAUGGUGCUGAAACGGCCGCUAGAGGACAACCGGCUCCACCAGCUCACCACGCGCCCUCAACUGGAUUUACUCUGCACCAUGCGCGGCCAACAGCCAGCGCUGGUCUCUUAGCAGAAUAUGGUGGACGACGAGAAGAACAUGAGGGUCGACGGCUAGCGCACUUACCUACGCACCACUUACCAACACACGGUGGCGCUCGCCUGGCACCUGCUCUCACUCUGAAGCGGCCACUUGAUGACGAUGAUCAUCAAAAUCACCACGAACCCGCUAAAAGGCUUUUAGAAGAGCAUUCUAGACCUCCUCUAACUCGCGGUGAUUCGCUUCCUGCAGUAUCUUUGGCGGCUCCGUUCGCCCCAGCAGAUCGCGUAUUCAAGCAAGAAAAACAUCCAAUGCGCACACCAUCUUUUGAUGCAUCUUCUUUCAAAUCGAAUGGUUAUGGUAGCAGUGCAUCAUUGACAAAUGGUUCUGCAAACUCCCCACUGGGUCGAUCGGCAGGGUCUCCUCCUGUCACUGGUGCCAGUGGAGUGGGUGCGGGGGGCGCCGGCCCUUCUCCAAUGGCGGCACUCAUGUCCGUAGCAGACACACUACCUCCGGGCUCGCCUCGCUCUGCGGGUGGCUCUCCACCACAACCUCCGCCACAGCGUUCGAAUAGUCGCUCGAGCCAACACUCUCCUAAUUCCUCAGGCUCAAAUGGCGGGCGGCGGUCGUCGGGCUCGCGACACGUGUCGUCGACUACGUCGGUGUCGUCGACAGAGGCGGGUGACGGCACUGACGCGGCAGCGCCAGCGCCAACCCCGCUGCUGAAGUGCACGCUCUGCCAGGAGCGUCUCGAAGAUACCCACUUCGUUCAAUGCCCCAGCCAACCACACCACAAGUUCUGCUUUCCCUGCUCCCGAGAUUCUAUCAAGAGACAACAAGGAUCAGAGGUGUACUGUCCGAGCGGAGAAAAAUGCCCAUUGGCCAAUUCAACAGUGCCAUGGGCGUUCAUGCAGGGUGAGAUAGCGACGAUUCUCGGUGAGGAAUUCAAGCCGAAGAAGGAGCGGGAGACCUAGGGCAGCGCAGCGCCGCCCCGACUAUACCUCUUGUCCCUCUCGCUGUGAAGAGCGCGGGAGCAGUAGCCGCGGCACGAGGCCGCAAGCGCGACGCGCGCGGCUCCGCGGCGCAACAGGCCGGCGCCUGCCGCCCACACCGACACUGUAUAUACUUUGUAAAUAGAUUAUUAUCGUUAGCUCGCUCGCCGAUGCCGUCCGCCAGCGCGCGACCUAUCCUCGCCGAGGCGAGCAUUUUGUACGGAGGGUCGGCUCCGUGGCCGCCGAUUUUUAGGCGAUUUUGUCUAGUUUUCCGCCUCGUCCGGUUGUACAUAUCCGCUUAGAAGUCGCGUGCGGCAUCGUCUGCGGGACGGUGUGUCGGUCCGAUCUCUUUCUGGAGUCGUUGUUUCGAGGACAGAACAUCGCUUCGCCUCGCGAGUGGUGUUUCUUCGGAUGCCAUUUCUUAGUUACCUUUAGGUCCCUAACCAUAGUGAACAUGGCAUUUAUUUAUGUGAUCCUUGUAUACUGUACGAGUAUUAUACGAUAUACGAUCAUGACAUUAUGUAGCCGAAAGUACUGAUUGUAAAAACAUAGUUUUGGAUCGCGUCGGAUAACCGUCGCACCAUGUACAGAUCUUAGCUCCUUAUAUAUUUGUAUUUUUUGCAUACGACGCGUACUAAAUAUACUUAUUUUACAAUGAAGCGAUUUAUUCAGAGUGGCUCGAGUUCCGUUACUGUCUUACAUUCGACGACAAAUUUCGACUCUUUAGAAUUAUUUAUUCCUCGUGGAUACGAUCGUUCUGUUUAUAUUGGAAAUCGUUCGAAAUGGUAUUUUUUGGUAAUUUGAAUGUAUAUGAAGUUGAGUUGAGUUGAUUAUUUUGUAAGGGUAAGUUAUCUGUAAGCGCGUUACGGAUGUUGGUAGCGCUGGAGCCUCUGACUGGCGCGGGUGGUGCCGCAUGCCCCACAGCCUGCAGUCAGUGACCGCGACCGCCUGCAGUCAGUGAGAGGCCGCGUGCAGGAUAGGCUGCAGUAUUAGCGAGAUCGCUUUACAUACGCUGGGAGCGUACCUAGUCAUUUUGUGAAAUGUCAAAUUGUCAGAACCGCGAUAACGCGGCCGUUAUAGGAACUCUUAAAACUCGCUGCUAUAUUUGUAUAAAGUCAAGUAAUUAUCAUUAUAUAAUUGUCAUUAUAUUAAUGUUAAACAGUUGGUAGUGUGUGUCAAUUUCGAAGGCUAUCAGAGGAAAGCCAUACAGCUUGGGUAUUGCUUUCGCAUUUUUGAUGAUAUUGUUUGUUUCUUUUCAAUUAUUUUAUUUGAUAACUGUUGUAUUGUCUUAAUUGUAGAUUGAUCUCACUGUGACGUUUGGAUGGUUCAACGUUCAAAUGUUGCGGGAGGGUUUCUUGCGCAUUUCUCACAUGAGAUAAUUUCGUAUCUUCUGCAUUACUUAAACGAGUAGCGAAAUGAUAAACAUGUGUAAAUCGAGACUUGAUGUCUUUAAACGGUACAUAAUUAGAACAUUCAAUUAAAUUGACAUGUCC